GCCCCCACAUCCAUCAUUCUCACUGACGCAUGAGGUCUGUCCAUUCUACCCAUUCAUUGACGUACAUGUUUGACAAACUUGGGACGGAGAUAAAAAUCAAGAGCAGCUGAAAAACUGAGCGAAGCAGUAGAGUUAGAGAGAAUGAUAAAGAGGAACAUAUCCAAGUAAAAUAAUGUAUAGUAAUAUGGAAAAAAAAUUAUAUAGUGGAGGUGGAAGCACUACUAUCCAAGUGUGUACAAGAAAUGGUGCUAAAUGGUGAGGAACCACCUCCACCUUAUGUUUGCAGAGAUGAUGGCUACACACAAAAUGUGCCUUCUGCAUCAUCUUCACUACGUAACCAUCAUUGAUUUUGGGCUCCUCUCUUCACCAACGCCACCAACUAAACAAAAACAAGAGCUUCAAAAGCUACAAGCAGCUCUCUCUUGCUGGGGAUGCUUUCAGGCAAUAAACCACGGAAUAUUAAGCCUACUUUUAGAUAAGGUUCUUCAAGUUGCAAGGGAAUUCUUUGAGCUGCCAAUGGAACAAGAAAAGAUAAUUUCCAAAAGGGUGAAAGAAUUUGAAGGGUAUGGUGGUGAUCCAGUUCCUGAAGAAGGCCAGUCUUUAGACUGGUCAGAUCGUUUGUUCCUUGAUGUAUACCCUCAAGUUAGAAGGAAGCCAGGCCUGUGGCCAGAAAAUCCAUCAUCCUUUAGGGAUGUUUUGGAAGAACACACUGCAAGGAUGAGAGAAACAACACAGCUUAUUCCUAUAGAGCCAUUGCAAGGUCACUGGAUUUAGAAGAAAACUGCUCCCUGAAUUAAUUUGGUGAACAAGCAGUUCUGCAAGCGAGGUUCAACUACUACUCUUGUUGUACUCGGCAUGAUCUUGUGCUUGGACUUAAACCCCAUGCAGAUGGAUCAGGGUACACCAUUAUACUGCAAGAUGAUGUUGAAGGCCUCCAAUUCCACCAUGGAAAAUGGUUCACCGUUCCAACAAUUUCUCGUGCCCUUUUAGUCCUCAUGGGUGAUCAAAUGGAGAUAUAUUAUAUAUAUGCGUGUUGUUAUUAUGUUUAUAUGGCAACAUCUCGAUAGAAAUAGAAUACAUCAUGCACUCCACACAAUUUUGCCUAUAACCAUACAACUUUUGUUCUCUGUUGCAUAUUUAGCAAUUUAAAUCUAAAACAAAUCCUGGUAAGCUGUCUUUUCCAUAUAACUUAACAUUUUCAUCAAUAUUUCAACUAAUAUUA